AAUUGUCCUUUACAAUCUUAGCAAUCUUCUUUGGGGUAGGAUGGUACGUCAGAACCAGAGGCGUGCGCUGCGUGGUGUCAUGUACUUUUGGAUUUAAUGCUUCUUUCAUGGGUAACAGUAUGAAUUUUCUCAAAUGAUAAAGUACUAAUGAUGUCAGUGGGAGUGUCCGCGUUCAGUCUAAAGCAAUUCAAAUGUCAGCACGCACGUUAUUGUUUGAUUCUUUAAUGUUGUUAACUAUUCUGUACACGAUUUGAAUGAAGUGUGAAUAUACUUCAUCAAUACGUUUUUGCUGUUUUAUUGGCGUUAGUAUUUUAGUCUGUACCAUGGUGUUUUGCUCUACAUUCAACUCGACAAUGAUCCCACGUUCAUUCGUGACCAGUUCAGUCAAGAUCAACAAAUUGAGAAGUACAACACAAUACCAGAAACUUGUGUGGUGGUGGCAGCAUUAAUCUUUUAGGGAAUGAAGGCAUGGCCGAUAUUCCACAGGAACAGCUUUCUUUAAUUCAUUCCAAUGAGUGCCGUCUGUACUCUCGACGAUGGAUCAUGUUGGCAAUAUUCAUAAGCCUACAAUUUUCAAACGGCCUGAUGUGGGUGCAGUAUGCGUCACUUUCAGACAAAAUCCAAAUGUAUUUCGACGUUAGCAUGCCUACUAUAGACACUUUCAGCGCAAUAUAUGGAAUAGCGUACAUAAUGUUCAUAUCCCCGGCUUUGUUUAUAUUAGACAGAAAAGGCUUGAAAGUGAUUGCUAUGUGUUGUGGUGGACUGCACUUGGUUGGAUCUUGGAUCCGUUAUGUUGGCAUACUUUUUCAGAAUUCAAUCUACGUUAGCCUCAUCGGUCAGACGUUUUGUGGAAUUGCUCAAACAUGUUGUGCUGGAAUGGCUUCACAAGUGUCGGGGACUUGGUUUGGAUCAAACGAAGUUUCCUUAGCAUGUGCACUUGGAUUCACUGCAUUUAACUUUGGAGUUGCAACCGGAUUUCUCACACCUUAUAUAUUUCAUAACCAGAAUAAUAUUGGUCGUGAACUCCAGUUCAUUUUUCUUGGGACAGCAAUAUUUAUGUCAGUAAUAUUUCCUAUAAUCGCAUUUAUAUUUGAAGACAAACCACCAUUUCCACCUAGUGUUCAGAAAAAGAAUUCAGUUUAUGGAAAACAAGAUACUUUCUUCAAAUCGAUCAAAGUUAUCAUGAUGAACAGAAACUUUAUGUUACUUGCAAUAGCGUGUGGACUAUGUAUGGGACAGUCGACAGUUAUCACUGUUAAGGUGAAAGAUAUAUUUUUAUAUUCUUAUCCAAACAAAGGUAAUAUAGUUGGCCCUAUGGUUUUUUUUAGUAUACUUCUUGUUAUUGUGGGGUCUGCAGCUGUUGGUUGGAUGUUGGACAAAACAAAACAGUUCUCGUUAACCGCACGAGUGACAGCUUUUCUAGUUUUUGUAACAUUUGUUUGCUUCACCAUAUCAAUGCAAUAUGAAUACUUUUGGUGUUCUAUCGUAUUUUUUUCCAUUUAUUAUGUUGUUGUUCGUAUAUUUUUCACAAUUGGAUUUGAACACGGGGCUGAGCUAACUUAUCCAGAGUCAGAGUCACUGUCGGCUUCAUUAAUCGUUUUUAUAGUGGAAAUCACAUCGUACCUUUCCGUUUUCAUGUAUGAUAUAAUUCUUGAAAACUGGAACCUUUUCGCAGCGAAUUGUUUCAUUUGUAUUAUGUGCGUAAUUCCACUCUUUAUGACAUUUUUUAUUAAAACUGACAACAAAAGACAUAAAGCUGAUAGUAUUGAAAACUAUUUUCAACUUUAUACUGAAAAUAAAAACGUUUCCGACGAUAACAAAAAAUAUGCUAAAUAGAUGUGGUGUCGUUUCUAAAUAUGAAUAAAUUUGUUGCGGGUUGCUCUAUCUUCGGCCAUCGCUCUUCCUUAGAAAUCACAGAAACAAGGCAAUAUUUAUUUUUUAUUUUUUACAUUCAGAUUAAUCAAUACGUAUUCAGUGAAAUCAAAACAAACUCAGAUGAUAUGAAACUAUGACUAUUCAAAUUCGUCUAGUUGUUUUCUUUUGAAAUAUAAAAAAAGUGUAGGCCUAUUCUUAGUUGAGUCUUGCAUCUGAUUAAAAAGAUGAUUAGGUGAUUAUAUCAUAUUAGCUCACCAAUAUAUCAUUAGGCCCAUGUAUAUGUAUAAGUAUUUACACCACCUUUAUACAAACGUGAAGACAAUUUUACAAGCGCAUAAAUGACUCUGGUGUUAAGAAUAUCGUGUAACUAUGGUGUAGCCUAACUAGCAUGGUAUGGUGUAACUAUGUGAUUAUGGUGUAACUGUAAUUCACAGAGUAUUGAUUGGUUAGUAGUGUAUAAUAAUCCAUUGAUGAUGCAAUUUGGGAAACCGAGAUCGACAAAUGUUAUUGCAUGUGCAAUGAUACCAAUAUUUAUGUUA